UCUCUCUCUCUCUCUCUCUCCUUGCUGCGGUCUCGCCACGGUCCUGCGCCCCGCGCCUGCUCUGCGGCCGACAGAAGUCUGCCCGUCUGAUGUCCUGCUAGCUGUCUUGCCAUGGGAGGAACACACUCAAGGCCACCGGGGUCCCUUCUCCCCUCGGAGCGCAGCUCCUGGAGGCAGCGGCACAAGGCGAGUGUGACCUCGGCUCUCGGUGACGCCCACACCCUGGUGUCCUACCUCACAGCCGGGACGCUGCCGCUCUUUGCCGGACGCUGCCUGGCCCCCCUGGCACAGGACCUCACCAUCCAGGAGCCCUCCGUCUAUGAGGCCCACCACUGCAUCAUCUCGGCCGUCCUUGACACGGACAUCACCUUUCUGGAGCGCGCGGCCAAGGGGUUCCCCCUGCAAUAUUCGGACCCCGAUGUGGUGGGGCACCUGUUCCCCCCGGUGGAGGGCCCCCCCCUGCCGGCGUCGACCGCCCUCCCGCCCAUGCGCCAUCCCCAGGAGCUGAUCUUCGGCUUCGCCCCCUUGCACAUCGCCAUCGCCCAGUGGUGGGUGGCUGUGCGUGGGCUCUUCUUGGAUGGCACCCCGCCCGCCAGCCUCCUGGAUCCCUGUGUGCCGGCACUCCAGCCCUCGGAGGGCCUCAUUCAGAUGCUCCUGUCGCAAAAGCACUCCCUGCGCGGGCGGACUGCCCGUGGAUCGACAUCUCUCCACCAUCUGGUGCUGUGGCUGGUGGAUGCCGAGCUUCACUGGCCGAACGCCGAGGCCUUUCUGGCCCACAUCAUGAGCCGCUUCCUAUUCCUCCUGGCCGCAGCACCGGCCUUCAGUCGGGACCGGCUGUCGUCUCGAAUCCAGUGCUGCCUGCCGCAGCUGAUCAUAAGCUCGGUCCGGUGUUCCAACGGCCUGACAGCCCCGCAGCUCGCCGUGGCGCUCCAUCGGUUCUUCCCUGGGCCCGGGCUCGCCGGGCCGACGGCCUCCGACUUUGCGGCUUCCCCCAUUCACCAGCACCUACCACCCGGAUCGGGGGCCUAUGCGUGGGCCGAGCCCCAGCCGGUCCCCUCCGGUGCUGUCAGCGCCGCGCGGCCCUUCUCGGCCCCGGAGAUGGCCUGCCUGCGUCUGCUCCUGCUGUCGCUGCCCACCCCCCCGCCGGAGUGUACCUGCCAGCCGGAUCGCCACCGCCAGCACUCGGCCCCUUCACAUGCGCCGAAUUGCCCGGCGUUACUGCCCCCGGCUCCGGCGUACUGGUCCUGUCAGGCGGGCCUGCUCGGGACCCUGGCCUUCGGGGCCCGGCAGUUUGACCCGGUGCUCCACCUGGCCGAGGAGGUCCUCCCGGGGGACUUGCGCCUGGAUCCGGACCAGCUCGACGCCUGUGGCAGCGGGGUGCUCCUGCACACGCGCGACGCGGCUCGCAUGCGUCUGGGCCAAUUCGCCGCCGAGUACGGCGCCACCGGGCUCAUGGCCGCCCUGUCGGUCCUCGAGCUCGGGACCGGAGGGGGGCCCCUCCCGACCGCUGACGAUCGGUACCCGCCGUUGCACCUGUCGCUGAGUCGCGGGGAUGCCGCCACCGCGGAGGCCCUCGUGCUGGGCCCCGGGCUGGAUGUCGGGCUGCCGGUGGUCGGCCCGACCCUCGCGCGACUCCUGCUCCAACCGGACGCCGAGGGAAACAAUGCCUUGCAUUUGGCCGCCCGGCGGGCGGACCCGGUGCUCCUGCGGCGCCUAUUGCUGGACCUGCUGACGGGGGGCGAGCGCGAGGCGGACCUGUGCUCGAACAUCGCGGCCCCGGCGGCCCUGCUUCACAUGCGUGCAGCUCUGGAUGCCCUGGCCGCGGGGCUGCUGGCUACCAACCACCUCGGUGACACGCCCCUCCAUGUGUGUCUCUACGCUCCGUGCGCGGUGGCCUCCCUCGAGGCCGGGGCCCAGGCCGCGCGCCUGCUCCUGGCCUGCCUCAACUGCCUGGCGCUGGUGGCCUGUGCACCGCCGGACACCGGCGGGCCUUCGCAGCCUCUGAUUCCCGGCCCGGAGGGCAUGCCGGCUCUGGGCCAGGCUCUGCUGGGCGGCGGCCUGGAUCCGGAGCCCGUGCGCUGGGUCUUCGCGCGUCUGCUGCAGAUCGCCUGCUCUCCCGGGCCCCUGCCGCCAGGCCUCCUGUACCCGACGCCGAUCGGCUCGCCGGCGGACACCCUGCCGGCCUUUGUGAAUGUGCUGUCUGGGGAAAACCGCCUGGGUGACACGCUGCUGCACGCGCUCUUCCGCGGCCCGGCCCCGGUGUCGGCCCUGCCCUUUGUGCCGGCCGGGGCCGGGCGCUUUGUCAACCUCUUCCCUGCCACCCCGGGCACAAGUGCCACCUCCAGUCCCACUUCCACCGAGGCCGGCGGUCUGCCAGUGCGAUCGGGGUCCGACGGUGCCCGCGUCCAGGCCCCCCGGCCCGGGGUCGACGGCCAGUGGAACUUCCAGGCCGAGCCGCCCGGCAGCCGACCCGGGGUCCCGGCUCCGGCCCCAGGCUCGGACGCGGCCAUCCUCGCGGCCAUGGACGAUCCGGUGCUGGUGGACGCAAUGCUGGCACAUGCGUCAGCGACCUUUGUCCUGACGGACCACACGGCUCCGGCCGUGGCCCCCGGCCGGGGGUCCGAGGUCCCGUGGCUGGGCGGCCUCACGGCCGCCGUGCGGUGGCCCUCCGCGGCGGACAUCGCGACGGCAGCCGCCGCCGCCGCCGCCGCCGCCACUGCCGCCACCGCCGCACCCGGUGGCAGCCAUGACAAUGCCAGCCAGUCCGGCGCCGGGCCAUUGGUCUCGGCGGCCGGGGUGCUUGGGCAACUGCUGGCCCGGCUGGGCCAGGCGCCGGAGGCGCUGGCCGCCCGGGCCCUGACCUUCCCCAGCCGCAGUAGCCCCGCCCGGAUGACAGUCACCUGCCUGCUGCUGAGCGAGGCCAAUCGCUUCCGCGGGGAGCUGGCCGUUGCACUAUUCCGUCGCGCCGGCUGGGAGCCCCGGGCUCCGGUGUUCGAGCAGCUGCUGGAUCUGGUCCCCUGGCUGGCGGUCAGCCUGUCUACCUCGCUCGAGGGCAGCCUCUCUUCCUCGAUGCUGGGCGCGCCGGCGGCGGCGGCGGCGGCCCCCACCCAUGGCGAUGGCGCUGAUGGCCCGACGGCAGCCGGCGACAUGCCGGCUCCUGGACAGCAGGUGCUGGACACCUUCACCGGACAGAGCAUGCUCGCGGCUGCCUGCCGGCAGGUGGUCGACCGGUUCCCGGCGCCGCCGCCGCUGCCACCGGUCCCGGCGCCGCUAGGCCCCUCCGACCCGGCGGGAUUCUCCCCGGACCCGGGCAUGCUGGCGCUGCUGGCCGAUGGGCGGACGCACUAUCGCCGAGCGGUGGCGUGGAUCUUGCACGCGGCCUUGGCCCCUCUCGGGGUCUCCCUGGCCGGGGUGGCCACACAGUUGGACCGGGCUCUGGAGGAGCGCCGGCCGGUCGGGCCCCCGCGUCGUCCCCGGGCCACGGUCCUCGGCUCGCUGGACAGCUAUGCGCUGUCUCGCUUGCAUUCCGCGAUCCUGGAAAAGCUGGAAAUCAUCCAGCUGAAGUCUGCCCUGGUGGGCGUCAAGCAGGUCGGCGUCAAGGAUCUUGAGAUCCUGGAACAAAUCGGCGAAGGGUCCUUCUGCAAGGUGUUCCUCGGGGUGUACAAGCAGCGUGCCAACAUCGCCGUCAAGCAGGUGGCCGUGGUGGAGUCCUUCUUCCGGGCCGACACGCGGGAUGAGCCACCCAAGUGCCCCGGACUGCUGAGCCUCAGCGGGGAUACGUGCCUCGGCGUGCCGGAUGGUGGCAGCCCCGGCGGUGUGGUGGCCCCCUCGGCCGGCGAUGCCUUCCCCUGGCCGGCGCACUUCCGGGCGGUCGGCAUCGCGGCGGCCGAGGCGCUGGACGCCCGGCUGGCCCGGCACCGUGCCCAGGCCGGCCGUGGCCCGGCCCUCCUGGCAGCCGAGGGGUUCUCCCCCCCGCACCACCAGCAUCCGCCGCAAUGGCAGCAGCUCCAUCACCACCCCCACCAGCAGCAGCAGCAUCAUCACCAUCAUCACCAUCACGCCGGGCAUGAGGAGCAAAGCUGGGUCCUGGUCCCGGCCCCAGGGGCCGCGCUGCUGGCGGCCCUCCGGCCGCGGGACUUCCCCCACCUGUCGGCGGCCCCGGUGGAUGUACUGUUCGGGCCGGCGGCCGACCUGGCCACGGGCGCCCCCGGCGGGUCGGGCCGGUGUGCGCGCCUGCCCGACCCGUCGACCGGGCGCCUGCUGGCGGCGGUGCUGCCCCCGGCGCGGGCCCUGCGCCCGGAGUCCGAAGUCCUGCGUCUGUGUCGCGAGGCGCGCAUCCUCAGCCAGCUCUCGCACCCGAAUAUCAUCCGCUUCCUCGGGGUCCAUGUGAAGCCGCACCCGGUGGUCCUGUCCUCUCAGUCAACGCUGGACAAUUACCACCGGUUCGGUGGGUCCGGCAAGAUGGGCGCCGUCAUGGAGGCGCACCACCACCACCACCAUGACUCGUGGCACCACGAUCCGUACUCCCUGCACAGUCCGUCCGACAGCCUGCUGGACCUGCCGCUCAUCGGCUCUACCUAUUCCUUUGAUUCCACGGCAUCCGGGUCUGGUCCUGGCCCGGCCGCUGGGCCGGUCGACAUGGCCGGCUCCUCGGAGGGGGCCCAGCCCAACAUGUCGGCCCAUCACGCCGGCACUGCCGGCCCCACUCCUCCUCAAAUCGUGGUCUACUCGUCGGACGGCGGGGUAACUGGCGGCUUGCUGCCGGCCACCUCGCGGCACUUCUUCAUCUUGACCGAGUUCGCCGAUGGCGGGUCCCUGCAUCAGGCCAUUCACAGCUCCAAGGCUCGGCUUCCCCUGUGGGUGAAGCUGAAGCUGGCCCUGGACGUGGCGCGCGGCAUGGAGUACCUGCACACCCGGCCAAAUCCGGUCAUCCACCGAGAUCUCAACCCGCAAAAUGUGCUGCUUGUGUUCGGCCGGCCGGGGGCCGGGCGCGCGCGGGCCGACCCGAAUGCCGCCGGGUCCCUCGCGGCCGCUGCGGCCGCUGCCACCCCAUCCACUGCCAGCCAGCUGCCCAGCCGCAGUGCGCACAGUCGAACCCUCAGCACCGGCCUGCUCGGUGGCCAGGAGGGCCCCGGCGGCCUGGGCGGUCUGGGCCCGGCCUUCCCUUCGGGCACGCCCUUGUCGUCGGUGUCCGAGGUGCCCGGAUCGCCGCCCGGGUCGCCGCGAGCCGCCACGCCCCCCGAAGCGCCCCCCGGGCCGCCGUCCCUGGAUGAGUGGGACCGUAACAGCAUCGUCCUCCGGGCCGUGGUGGCGGAUUUCGGCGAGUCGCAGCUCCUGCUGGAGGGUGAUGUGGACCCGGGCGCCUCCGGGUCUCGGCCUGCCUUCCGCCAGGGGCCCGCCACCGGGCCGCACUUCCGCGACAUGACCAAGCAGCCAGGGAACCUUCGCUACAUGGCUCCGGAGGUCUUUCUCCAGGCGGACUAUUCCACCAGUGCUGACGUCUACUCUUUCGGCCUUUGUUUGUGGGAGCUUUUGGCCGAGGCGACUCCGUUCGCCGGCCAGCCGCCAGCCUAUGUCGCCUUCCACAUGGCCAACCAUGACUUCCGACCGGCCCUACCCAGCGACCGGGCCACCCUUCACGUGCCGGCCAUGAUGCCGGCCACGUCGGAUUAUGUGCAGGCCCCGGCGCCGACAUACCUAACCAGCGCCGACUCCCAAGGGUCUCCCUGGCCACCGGGGGUGGUUUCCCUGAUUCGCGAAUGCUGGAGUGCGUCGCCUGCGCGGAGGCCCAGCUUCUCCACCAUUGUCACCCAGCUGGGGGACAUCCUCAACCAGGUGGCCCGGUCGACGACGGCCGUGGCACCUUUCUUCUCGGCCGAGCCGCCGGCGGCCAUCAACGGCCCGGUCAGUCCUGAACCCCAUCAUCCCCACUCGAUGUUGCAUCCUGGCCGUGGGGCGAUUCCCCCGCUGCCCGGGGGCGCCGGCCCCUUCCACCGGCCGGUUCCCUCCGCCAAGUACAUUGACUGAGAGAAGCCGUCCUUCUCGCGGGCGAUGAGAUGCUGACGAGGAGGGCGCGCGUGUACUCCCCCGUUCUCCCCCCCCCCCUUCCGCCUGUCUCUCUCUCCCUCUCUCUCGCCCCCCCCCUCCCUCCCUUCCUCCCCCGUCUCCUCCUAUCCAUCCUUCAGUUCCGGGCCGAUCCUGUCCCACAUCCCCUCUCUCCCUCCUCAUCCUCGUUCAUGCCACGCACACACAGAGCACACAAUUUUGCCUGCCCGCCCUCCCCUUCCCAUGUCAUUCUCUGUCAGCGGCGCCCGCCGCGCACUGUAUAUUCCCCUUGCCUUGUGCCCU